AUGUAUCACUACUCCAGUCCACCACCCGGGUGGUCUGCCGCCUACGACUACCUCCAUUCUCCCUCUGCCCCGCACUAUACCUACUACAAUGCUCCCUACUCGUCACCGCACGCCUCCCCUCGCUCCGCCAAACGACACGCCUAUCGAGCCAGCUAUUCUGGGACCAAAGACGGUGGGCCGUACUACUCGACUUCUGGCGGACAGUACCCGUGGCACGGUUACUAUGAGAGCGUGCCUGAAUACGCCGCCACCCCGCGAAAGCAGCCCGAGCAUGUAAGUGGUGCUUUUGGUGAUGAAAGUCGGCCCAGGUCCCAUGGCUGGCAGAGACCGCGCCGUCCUUCCAUGCCUGGCAAAAGUCACUACAAUCACUUCUUCACCCCCCGGUCCCACAGACAGUCCGUCUUCUUUGAUGACGAUCGGUCUGACUCCGACCUUGAUGUAUACGAACACACUCCCCUCGGGGCCGGUGCUCGUUUCUAUGAAACCCGAACAUCGCGCCAUGAUGGCCACGGCCGCUCCAAAUAUGAAUCUCGUCGCAGGCACCCCACUGAUGCUUAUUUUGAUUAUGAUCAGGUUCCCCCCUCUGUAUACGAAGAGGCAGAUUCUCCAAAACGCUCCCGUGCCCGUCGCGCUUCCACUUCGGCCCGCACGCCGCAGAAGCCACCAAAGCCAACCACCACCACAAACCUCAAGACGCCGCCAAAAGCUACCGAGGAAGAUGCAAUCCGCGCCGGAAUACCCGCCGGCUUCUCGAUCAAGAAUUGGGACCCCACCGAAGCCCCUAUUCUCCUUCUCGGUAGCGUUUUCGACGCGAACUCGCUCGGGAAGUGGAUCUACGACUGGACCAUUUUCCACUACGGUGCGACGGCCCCAAUGUCGGAUGUCGCCGGCGAUCUGUGGUUGCUGCUUAUCAAACUCGCGGGCAAAGUGAAGAGAGCGGAUGAAUGCGCCCCGUUGAUUCGUUGCAGAGAGACGAGGGAGAUGGUCGAGGACUUCUUGGAGAGCGGUGAGCGGUUGUGGUGUCGCUUCAAGAAGCUGCUCAAGGCAUGCGAAUACUUCAUGUGGAAAGCCGCCAAGCGAGAAAGCGGAAAGAAUUCUGUCACCAUGGGUCGAAACGCCGGAUGCGAAUUCGUCGACUCUAUCUUCGGCCGGGAUCGGGAACUAGAAAAUACGGAGAAGUUGAUGAACAGUAUCCGGUUGUGGAACAUGCGGUUUGACGCAAACUGUGAAGAGAUCCUCCGACGGCCCACGGAGGUAUGA